ACACCGGAAACCACCAAAGUCUCCACCACCACCACCACCACCACCACCACCACCAGCACUACCACCACCACCGCCUCACAGGCAACGAACACCGAGGAGGGAGAGAAGACAUCAGGAGUGGCCGGGACGCAGACUGUGGACAUGGAGCACCAGGCAGGAGAGAAGGCUUCACGACGGCAGCCUUGCUGCAGGAGGUGGUGAAGGAACUCAAGGUAAUGCUUGCUCCCUUCCCCAGCAAGGAGAGCCGGAAGUGCAUCCCCCUGGUAAAGCUGCGGCUGCACAAGAACUGCGCGUUCUGUUGUUUGGCGAUGAUCUGCUUGUGUCUCUUUGGCUUUAGCAUGUGGAUGCUCUCAACAUCAUCCCCUGAUAUUGUAGUGCAACAUGAAAACUUGGACACGAACUCUAUCGAUACUCUGGAAUGGCUGGAACAACAACAGAUACGUGGAGAGUCAGGAAUUGAGAGUAAAAAGGAAAUGUCUGGCUUGGCAGCUAAAGUUGUAGGGAAUGAAGAAACUGAAGGAUCACACACUAAUGAAAUGCAGGAACCAUCACUGUCUGCUGAAGGAGAGGAUACUGACAAACUCGAGGAAUCAGUAGGUGGAGGCGAAUUUGAGACAGAGGCUGUGGUGUCAGUGGAAGACAAGCUGAUGGAGGAGGACACAGUGAAGGAGUUUCAAUCGCUGAGACCAGAUGGUACUGAGCACGAGCGAUUAGAAGAUAUGGACAGCCACACUCUGGACAGCGAGGAAACGAGAAACACUAUGGCCAUCAAACCCAAAAUCCUAAAAGUUAUUCACCACGAGGCUCAGCAGUGUCAACAGGGAGGCGAGGUGUUUCUGCACAAUUACGUGGACAUGUACCGCCACUUAUUGAAGUUUUUCCACAUUUUUGGAACCUUUGCGUCUGUGCAGGGAAGGAUGCUUGAGGCUCGCCUUCUUAGUGUAGAGAAAUACAUUCGCAGCGGAGACGGUCAACACUAUUCCACACUGGCUGCUAUGAUUCAUUUUGAGGACGUGACUGGAAGGAUACGUCACAUCUCUCCCUUCUCAGGUACUACGUUGUUCACCUGUCUCCAACGACACCUGCAGUUUAUGAAUCGCUGUUUGGCUAAUGUCCUUCCCCUGAAUCCAGACAUGUCUCUGCUCCGCGCCUUCCAAGCUGCGUACCAGGAAGUUCUGGAAGCUCACCAUGAAUGGUUCGUAGCAAACUUUUACUUGACAGGAAUCGGCAUGCUGCCCACGAAGGAAGCGGCGCUGCGAGCGUUGGCCUCCGUUGACGGGGACAGGGACGCUACAUCCAUGGAGGUACUUCACAACAGCAUCCUCGCUGUUAUUCGCGCGUUACAUCAGGUGACCCAGGCAUCAGAAGCUACGCUAGUGUCCACCAAUGCCUUGCAGAAGAUACCAAAGCAAGUUGUUACUUGAAGAGUCUUGAUAUCGAUAUUUGUUUGCAAGAUGUGUGCAUUUUGUGUAAUAAAGAUGUUACAUUUUCUUUGGUUAAGUGUAAGUAAUCAUGAUAAUGCAAUAAAUGUAUUAAAGUUCUGCACAUUGCAUAUGAGUGUAUGUACGAAAACUCAUUAUGUAACUAUUUUUGCUCUACUGCUUAACAAGAAUCUUUGUCCUGGACGGGAGUGAAGUAAACAGUCUUAAGUGGUUU